AGGAAACUCGCUACCAAUGGCAGUCCAUUGCCCCUCCUUCACUGUUAACUCGCCUAAUGUAGUCUACACUGACACCCACAUUGAGGCCUCCUACGACUACCACACUACUGACCUCUCACAGCCUCGUGAUGGCCAAUGGGUGGUCACUCCCAAGACUAUCAAGUACAACUUCAAGACCGACAGGCGAGUACCCAAGCUCGGUGUUAUGCUAGUCGGUUGGGGUGGCAACAACGGCACUACUGUUACUGCUGGUAUCCUCGCCAACAAGCAUGGUGUGACGUGGGAAACUAAAGAGGGUCUUCAGCAUCCCAACUACUACGGCUCGGUCACUCAAGCUUCUGUGGUUCGUCUUGGCAACGUGAACGGCAAGGAAGUUUGCACCCCUAUGAACAAACUAGUCCCUAUGGUAGAUCCUAAUGAUGUUGUUCUUGGUGGUUGGGAUAUUAGCGGUUUCAAUAUGUACGCUGCAAUGAAGCGGGCUAAGGUUCUGCCAAGUGACUUGCAAAACAAGCUGAAGCCUAUGAUGAAGGACAUGGUUCCUCUACCUGGUAUUUAUGAUCCAGCUUUCAUCGCGGCUAACCAAGAGGAUCGUGCUGAUAACGUGUUGCCCAAGAUGAUGACCAAACGCGAACAGGUUGACCGUGUUAAGCAGGAUAUCCGUCAGUUCAAGGAGACCAAUGGUUGCGACAAGAUCGUCGUUUUGUGGACUGCGAACACGGAGCGCUAUGCUGAAAUCAUCCCGGGUGUCAACACGACCAAGGCUGAGCUCAUUGCUUCGGUGGCCAGGAAUGAGUCCGAAAUUGCACCAAGUACUCUGUACUGCAUCGCCUGCCUGGAAGAGGGCGUUCCUUUCGUGAACGGCUCCCCGCAGAACACAUACGUGCCCGGUCUCAAGGAGCUAGCUGGGAGCAUUCCUGGCGCUGUGAUCGCUGGUGAUGAUUUCAAAUCUGGUCAAACUAAGAUGAAGUCAGUUCUGGUCGACUUUCUGAUCGGUGCAGGACUCAAGCCCACCUCAAUUGUUAGUUACAACCAUCUUGGCAACAACGACGGCAAGAAUCUGUCGGCUCCUCAAUGUUUCCGCUCGAAAGAGAUUUCCAAGUCUGAUGUUGUGAAUGACAUGGUCAACAGCAACGCCCUAUUGUACAGAAAGGGUGAGCAUCCGGAUCACUGUGUGGUUAUCAAGUACGUGCCGGCGGUUGGUGACUCUAAGCGUGCUAUGGACGAGUACACUUCGCAGAUUUUCAUGAAUGGUCUCAACACGAUUGUCAUGCACAAUACCUGUGAAGACUCUCUCCUCGCGGCCCCAUUGAUCAUUGACUUGGUCCUCUUGGCUGAGUUGGUUACUCGUAUCAAGUUGGCCAAGGACGGAGAAGAGCUACGUGGUAUGCAUCCUUUCGGCGUGAUUCUGAGCUACUUGACGAAAGCCCCAUUGGUUCCCGAUGGGACUCCAUGCAUUAAUUCGCUGGCGAAACAGCGUGCUAUGCUGGAGAAUGUAUUGAAGGCUUGUGUCGGCCUUCCACCUGAUAACAACAUGCUGUUAGAGUUCAAGUAG